AGUUACAGAAUGUGUGAUAUAAAUAGUAAACCAACGACAGUUAAAGAAAACCUCAAAAAAUUAGAAAGAGAAACCCGUGACUUGUGGUAUCACAUUAAGUGCCGAGAGAAAUCUGUCGAUGCUGUUGAAGGGACGCUAAACGCCACGGAGGAUGCUGUUAAUAAUUUAAUGAGUUUGAUUGGAAACAUGGAACAUGAAAUCAACGAGUGCACUGAUAAGUUGUCAGAAUUAGAUUCUAAAAGAGAAAAACUUGUGUCUGAAAGAGAUUCGCUUCAAGCGUUGAUGUUAAAAAGAAAGCAAAAUGAAAAUAGAACUACCGGUAGUGGUGGUAGUCUAAAUAGUGAUAGAAUUGAGCUUGAGAGAGCUAAAAGAGACGAUGUAAGAGAGAUGCUUUUACAGAAGAGAGAUGAACUCGAGUUCGCCAAGGACAGAAAGAGACACGUAGAGAACAAAAUUAUCAGCGAAUGGGAUAAACUGAGAGAUGAGUAUAAGAAGGUAAACGAUAUGAAGAAGUCAGUUUUAGAUGAGAUCGACUCAGCCGAUAAUAAGAAAAUUGAAAACCUCAAGAUUGCUCGAGAUCUAACUGAAGGUGAAGACAGAGAGAGUAUUGAAGAAUCUAUUGAAUGGCUGAAUCUAUGUAAAGAAGAACGAGAUUUAACCCAUCAGUUGAAUCAACUCGAGUUUGAAGUUGAUUACGAAUCGAAUGAAACGAAUAAGGCCUUGGCAAUCAAGAAGAGAUAUAUGAACCGGUUAGAAGAGAUUUCCAGGGAACACCAUGAAAUAAUGGUCCGAGACGGUGUUGAUACCGGAUUUUACAUGAAAGAGGCUAAACCCUGCGUGGACUUGUCCAUUGAAAAUACAGAUAGCCUGAUGAUGGUGGAAUCCUUGUCGGACGUCGGAGAAGACAUCGAGGAUACCAUCACACUGCACCGUUGCGAUCAAGAAAUCGAUCUGCAUACGAACGUAGAAAUGGACGAGGAUUUGAAACGUUAUGCCGAGGAAUUAGAACAAAACAUGGCAGAAUACAUGGAAGAGUUAAAUUUGAAUUCGGAAAAUAAAGAGGCAGAGAUGGACGUGCAAGGCACGGUGUAUCCGGACACAGAAGAUAAUCUUCAGGAUGCAGCACGAGAAUAUAUUGAUGAACCGGAAGUAGCUGAUGAAAAACCGGAACCGAAAGUUCCAGCGACACACGUACAAACUCGACCCAGUGCAAUGAGUCAUAUGGAAUCGUCUGAAAUGGACCCAACUUUGUCCAUGAAAGCACGAAUGAUAAGUAGGCUCGGAUUAGGUGAGAAAAAUAGAGGUGGAAGCCAGGUCAAAAUCAGGAACUUCGAGAUGAAGGCAACCGGAAGUGGUACAUUUGGAAAUUUUUGGAAGAAAUAAAUGUUAUGUUGAGUUUUUAUUGGAUGUUCAGUUCUGACGUUAGUGGCUUUUAUCAGUUUAUUUGAAAUUUCUAGAAUUUGGCAUAUUUUUAUAAUUCUGUUUUAGGCUCCAUUUUUCCAUUGGUUUCUGUUAAAAGGUGUGAUACUGGUUGUUUUGUAAAAGCUUUAAAUCUAAUAAAAACUAAAAAGACAGUUAUAAAAU